ACUGCACUGGCCGCCAUGGGGCUGGGGCUGCUGCUCCCACUGCUGCUGCUGUGGACUCGGGGGACCCAGGAGUCUGAGCUGGACCCCAGUGGGCAGCACGUCUGCAUGGCCGGCAGCCCCUCUGCUGAGCUCCAGUGCUGUCCAGGCUGGAGGCAGAAAGAUCGGGAAUGCACCAUCCCCAUUUGUGAGGGGCCAGACGCCUGCCGGGAAGAUGAGGUCUGCGUGAAACCAGGCCUCUGUCGAUGCAAACCUGGAUUCUUCGGGGCGCAGUGCAGCUCCCGCUGCCCAGGCCAGUACUGGGGCCCCGACUGCCGUGAGAGCUGCCCCUGCCACCCGCAUGGCCAGUGCGAGCCGGCCACGGGCGAGUGCCAGUGCCAAGCCAAUCGCUGGGGUGGCCGCUGCGAGUUCGCGUGUGCCUGCGGCCCCCACGGGCGUUGCGACCCCGCGACGGGCGUGUGCCGCUGCGAGCCGGGCUGGUGGUCGCCCACGUGCCACCGGCCGUGCCAGUGCUGCAGCGCCGCCUCCGGCCAGUGCGCCUGCCCGCCUGGCUUCCGCGGCCCGCGCUGCGAGCGGCCCUGUCCUGCCGGCAGCUACGGGGCGCAGUGCCGCGACAGCUGUGGCCACUGCAAGCAGAAUGAGCCAUGCUCUCCAGACACAGGCAGCUGUGAGUCCUGCGAGCCAGGCUGGAACGGAACCCAGUGUCGUAAGCCCUGCCCACCUGGCACCUUUGGCGAGAGCUGCAGGCAGCAGUGCCCCCGCUGCCGACUUGGGGAAGCCUGUCAGCCAGACACUGGGCACUGUCAGCACUGUGACCCUGGCUGGCUGGGGCCCAGGUGUGAAGACCCCUGCCCGACUGGCACCUUUGGGGAGGGCUGUGGCUCUACCUGCCCCACCUGUGUUCAGGGGGCCUGCGAUGCUGUGACAGGUGAAUGUAUCUGCAACGCCGGCUACUGGGGGCCCAGCUGCAACACUUCCUGCCCAUCUGGCUUCCAUGGAAACAACUGCUCAGUUCCCUGCGAAUGCCCAGAGGGACCCUGCCACCCUCUGUCUGGGGCCUGCCAGCUGGGCCCUCAUGGGCAGGAUGCUGCCCUCAUCGCGGGCAUCCUCGUGCCUCUGCUGCUGCUGCUCCUGGGCAUCGCCUGCUGUGCCUGCUGCUGCUGGGCUGCCCGGGUGGAUCCCAAGGACAGGCCAGUAAGAAAUGGAGCUGCCGUGUCCAGGAUGAAGCUGCAGGUCUGGGGGACACUGACCAGCUUGGGCUCUGCACUGCCCUGUGGUUCCCUCAGCAGCCACAAGCUACCCUGGGUGACAGUCUCGCACCACGACCCGGAGAUCCCCUUCAACCACAGCUUCAUUGAGCCACCCUCGGCCGGCUGGGCCUCUGACGACUCCUUCUCUUCUGAUGCCGAGUCUGGAGAGGAAGAGGACAGUCCUGCCUACUGUGUGCCACCCCGAGAAGGGAUGGUUCCCAUGGCCCAAGCAGAGUCGUCAGAGGCCAGCCUGGCUGGAGGCUCCUUCCCUCCCCCUGAGGAAGCCUCCACGCCAUUCGCCAUCCCACGCACAUCCAGCCUAGCCCGGGCUAAACGGCCGUCAGUCUCCUUUGCUGAAGGCACCAAGUUUGCUCCGCAGAGUCGCCAAAGCUCUGGGGAGCUCUCCAGCCCUCUCCGAAAGCCCAAGAGGCUCUCUCGAGGGGCCCAGCCAGGUCCUGAGGGCCAAGAGGCUGAGGAGUCCACAGGUCAGGAGCAAGCAGAAACGGACGAGGCCCCUCCUGCUGCCGCCAGCCCCAGGGACUCAACCACUGGCCGCCAUCGGCUCCUGCUUGGUGGUCGGACGGUGGCUGAGCGUGUGGAAGACAUUGAAGGUAAAGUCCAGGACAGCUCAGGCGCUGUAACCACGAUCUACAUGCUGGCAGGGACGCCCCGAGGAUCUGAGGGCCCUGUCCGGUCUGUCCUCCGCCAUUUUGGUAGCUUCCAGAAAGGCCAGGCAGAGCCCAAGUUCAAGAGUGCCAUCCCUAAGCCUCCACGCCGGGCCCUGAGUCGGAACAAGGGCAGCCCUGGGCUGGCCUCUGGCUCUGCCAGCCAGAGCCCUGGAUCAGCCACGAAUGCCGAGCUCACUGGGGCCAUGGCAUCUACAGGAGUCAGGCCAGAUGAAGGGGCCAGGGGCCUGGGGGAUGGCAUUGAGAGCUCAGGGACAGCCCGGGAACUGGUCUCCAAAGGUGGCCCCACGGAAGAAAAUCCCCAGAAGCAGGCUGAAGAGGAAGAGCAGGAGGAGCCCCAGUAUGAGAAUGUUAUACCUAUCUCUGUGCCAUCAGAGCCCCAAGGACCUUGAACUUGGCAAGUGGGAAAAUUAUGGAUGGGACUGGGCAGGGGGUGCCAGAACUGCCCAUGGACCAGAUUGUGCUUUGUGGUGGAAAAUGAUCCCAGAUCCAGGACAGACAUAGCAGAGCCUCUGCCCUUCCAUAGGGAAAAGGCAAGGGUUAGAGGCCAGUUGGCUCUGGGACCUGGCAGUGCUCCAAGAAUUGGUCUGGAAAGCCUGGGCGUAGACCUCACAGGAUGGGGUCAGUGAGGGGGAAGAGAUGGCUGCAGGUUUUUCUCUGUUCUCCUGGACUGUGUUCGCCCCAAAGGGCUAUUCUUUCCUUUAUUUGCAAAACAUUUGUCUGAAAUGGGAAACAACCUAAAGGUUUGAUGAUAAAAAAUUGGUUAAGCAAA